AUGAUGUCGGAGGAGAACGAUGCGGGCGCGGAGGACGCGCCGCCGCCGGCGUACGAAAGCAUUCACUUCGCCGAGGAUGCCGACGCGCUGCCGGAGGUGCCGCGGGAUGGAUACGUGAAAACGAAGACGAUCGAGGUGAGCGUGACGAAUCCGACCAAAGUCGGCGACGGGUUGACGGCGUACGCGGUGUACACGGUGAGCACCAAGAAUAAAGAUCCGGCGUAUAAAAAGGAUGAAUCCAUCGUGGUGAGAAGGUAUUCCGACUUUCAGUGGUUGCGCGGACGCUUGUCGACGCUGUACCCAGGCAUCGUGUUGUUUCCGCUGCCGGAGAAGACGGUGACGACGAAUCCGUUUCAGAGCGAUUUCUUGGAGCAUCGUCGAAGCGGUUUGGAGGCGUUCAUGAAGAAAGUGGUGGAACAUCCGGGACUCGGAACGUGCGAAGACGUGGUGAUGUUCUUAGAGGAACAGGGGGGGAGUUCGUGGGACCAGCGCGCCCCGUGGUAUUCGCGCGGCGCGGUUGGCACCGCGCUCGGAGCCGUGGAUUCUUGGUUUCAGUCCAUCGGUACGGCGACGGAGACGUGGAGCACGGGCGCGGGGAUGGAAAGUGUCAUGAUGGAGGAAGAUCCCAAAUAUCUCGAAGCUACGGAAUAUUUGUUGCUCCUCGAAGAGCGCCUGAAGCGAGCGCUGAAGAGCGGGGGUGAAAUCGUCAACGCGGUGCAGAAUCUCGGCAUUUUAACCGGUACGUUUGGAGAAAACGCGCAUCACUUAGGCGACUGCGAGGAAAAAGGGGCGAAGAUGUUGCUCGGCGAUGAGGCCGGGGGAUUAGGGCAAGCGUUCAGACAGGUUGGUUCCGCCGCGUGCACGAUGCGGGCGCCGACGGAGGCGCAAGCGGAGCGCUUGGCGAAAGAGUUCCGCGCGCCGUUGAAACAAGCGCUGCAAUACGUGCGCGCGGCGAAAGAAUCAAUAGACGCGCGCCUCGACGCGUUGUUGAAGCUGCAAGCGUGCCGCGCCAAGGUGCAGUCCAAGCGCGCCAAGCUUGAACACGCGUUGCACGCGCCGCCGCCGCCGCCGCCGCCGCAACCGACGACAAUUUUUGAGCGCCUCUCCGCUGCCGUCACAUCCCCGACGCCCGUCACCGUGGAAGAAUUACAGCGCGAUGUCGGCCUCGCUGAAUCCGCGGUGAACGACGCGCAAGCAAAGUACGACGACAUCAAAUCUCGCAUGACCAACGAGCUCCCGCGCGUGCACGCCGAAUUAGAACAAGUCAUCAACGCCGCCUUCGCGAACUGCGCCGUCACCAUGAAGGCGCUCGCCGAGACGCACGUCGAGGCUUGGGAAUCCGUCUUCCCCGGGUGCACCGCCGACGCCGCGGCGUGA